AUGGAGGAUAAGAGGAAGAAGAGAAGCCCCAAAGUGUCCCUCCCCCAGCCCCCUCCUCCCCCCAUCAACCCACGCAAACUCUCAGUCCUUCCUGCCAGUAAGAGUGCCACGUUCUCCCUCGGCCUGCCCCAACCUCCCUCCCCGAAACCCCGCAACAAAUACAAGAGACCCCAUAAAGAGAAGCCUAAAGCACCACAACCAGCUGGGCCCAGCAAGGUAUCCCAGUCCUCCCCUCUGCAACACUCUUUUCUCACCGACGUGUCUGAUGUGAGAGAGAUGGAAGGGGGCCUGCUCAACCUUUUAAAUGACUUCCACUCCGGCAAACUGCAAGCCUUUGGUAAAGUGUGUUCAUUUGAGCAACUGGAACACGUGAGGGAGAUGCAGGAGAAACUGGCUCGCCUCCACUUCAGUCUGGAUAGUCACGUGGAGGAGCUCUCCGAGGACCAGAGGAAGAGCGCCUCCGACCGCAACCUGGAACACCUGCUGUGUAAUCUUGAAGAACUGAGCAGCUCAAUACAAAAAUUGCAUCUGGCAGAGAACCAGGAUCUCCCUAAGACAUCUGGCCCCUGAGGAGGGAACGCUACCAUCAU